UGGGACAACAGGAAGACCGGGCGGGGGGCUGCUCUCCAUGGCUCUGUGGCCAUGGUGGCUCUUCUGGUGCCUGCUCCCAGCAUUCUGCAGCGGCGCCCGCGCCGAGCCCGCCGAAUGGGGAAAGGCUCGCCUCAUCAGCCGCCACAAGCUCCUUCCCUGCCCUGCCGAUGCCAGGACGAGCGAGCGGAGGAAGGAAGCUGCCUUGAGGGAAAGCAUUAAGAGGAUUAGAUAUUUGAAUUCAUUAUCGUCCAGUGACAACUUCACUGCUUUCUAUGGGAUAAACCAGUUUUCCCACUUGUUUCCUGAAGAUUUUAGAGCUUUUUACUUGCAAAGCAGACCUUCGGAAGUUCCCAAAUAUGUUCCAGGACUAGCAGAAACAGAACUACCCUUACCAGUAAAGUUUGACUGGAGAGACAGGAACGUUGUUACACAAGUGAGAAAUCAAGAAACAUGUGGCGGCUGCUGGGCUUUCAGCAUUGUUGGUGGAAUAGAGUCUGUCUAUGCAAUUAAAAGGAAUAUUCUAGAAGAACUUAGUGUGCAACAAGUCAUUGACUGUUCAUACAAGAACAACGGUUGCAAUGGUGGCACUACUGUUGGUGCUCUGAGUUGGCUAAAUCAGACACGUGUGAAACUGGUGAGGGACUCAGAGUAUACUUUCAAAGCUCAGUCAGGACUGUGCCAUUACUUCAGCCGCUCACAUUUUGGAAUCUCAAUCAAAGAUUACGUUUCACAUGAUCUCAGUAAACAGGAACAUGAAAUGAUGAAUAUGCUUGUCAAAUGGGGUCCUCUGGCAGUAAUUGUAGAUGCUGUCAGCUGGCAAGAUUAUCUGGGUGGUAUAAUACAGUAUCACUGUUCCAGUGGAAAAGCAAACCAUGCUGUUCUAAUUACUGGUUUUGAUAGGACAGGUAGCAUUCCCUAUUGGAUUGUACGUAACUCCUGGGGAAGCUCAUGGGGAAUAGAUGGCUAUGCUCAUAUUAAAAUGGGUUCCAACAUCUGUGGUAUUGCUGAUGAGGUUUCUGCUGUGUUUGUGUGAAAUGGCUGGUCUGUUGUUCCUGGUAUUUUGAUCCUUACUUGAUUCAUUAUGAAGGCAGUUUAUUUUAAAGAAUGGACCCUUGUGGAUAUUGAAUUCUUGAAGACAUGGCAAAUCUUAAGAACCUGGAGAAGCAUCCUUUUCCAGCCUAUGACACAUAUUUGUUGGGAACUAAAUAGCAUGCAGUGGACACAUGAUUCACAUUAGACCAUCAAUUAUGCAAAAGGAAGUAAUUUUGUGUUACCAGUGUUAGUGUCAAUUAUAUUACCAGAUCUCGGCCUUGGAUCUGGAAGACCUGAGUUCAUAAUGUGUUUGUGGUAUGACCUUAGACAGGUCACUCUCUCUGCCUUAGUUCCCUAUCUGUAAUAUGGUCAGGGCUCAAGAAAUGUUGGCUCAGUUCACCAGCCAGACAAAAUAUUGUACUUGUUAGAUGGUUCCUCGAUCUAUGUUGGUACAUUACUCAUUGGGAUUUUUUUCAGGCAUCAUUUUUCACGCGUCACAGACAAGUAGACUAGUGGAAUUCCUGAGCCCUGGAUAUGAUAAAUUAGAAUGACCCAUCUUAACAAGGCUAUUGUGAGGGCUAAAAAAAAUUUAAAGGUUGUAACACAUUGCAAGUAUAAUAGGAAUUAUGAGUAGUUUGACAGUUUUGAAUGCACUUGUCUGCUUCAUGCAUUUUAUGUUUACUGUUGCGAACAUCGGUGUAUUAGCAGUGGUGUGUAAAGUAUGAACCAGACUUCAGAAACUCCCUCAGCAACUGUGUCCCCUCUAAUGUUCUGCCAUUACUGAGCUCUCCCAACACUGAUGCCAGGGUUGCUCGACUCUGGACUCUUGGGCCUGGUUCAGCAGGGCUAUUCUUACAUUCUUACAUUAAUUAGUGUUACUAUCAGGCAUGCUGUUCCCUCUCCUGAGGUAGGGAAAGUGGGCCCAUCACACAGAAAUGAAAAGCAUUUUGAAAAUUUCAUAAAACUGCAAUACCUCUGGUAGCUUAAUUAUCAUGUUUGAUUAAAAAUUCUGUAAAAAUAUUUUUAUAUAUUCAUGUUAAUGUUAUACUAAUUUUUAUAAUAAAGAUAGAUGAAGAAACUC